CUAGCCACCAUGGCGUCCACACUCACCGUCUCGCCAAAGGCGGCGCCAUUUCCUUUCGCCGCUAUCGCUAUCUCAGCUUACACGCAAAAGGCCAAAGUAAUCUACGACGAGUCUGCUUCGACGCUCACCCUUGAGCUCGAUGGAUCAAAGUCUACCUCCGAGCAGGAUGCAGUAAAGGCUCUGGCCACUGCAGGAGGUCUCGCUGAGGACAGUGCGAAGACCCCGGCCUACUUCACGCUCGCGAGUUCUCUAGCUACCCAAGCUUCAGUCCCGGAAAUUAUGUCUGCUCUCAAUUCGCUAGAUGACUAUCUUGCCUUCCGCACUUAUCUCGUCGGACACGAUAUCACUGCCGCCGACUGGAUGGUCUGGGGUGCCCUCAAGGGUAACAUCAAAAUUAUCGGCCUUUUGAAGAACAACCUGCACCAGCACCUCAAUCGCUGGUUCACCCACCUCGAGUCUUUGGAAUGCACUCAGGCUGCUCUCGCCGGUCUCGCAGAGGCGAAAGCUACCAAGGCCCGUUCCAAUCAAAAGACCGCUUCCUCCUUCGCCAUGGGCCUUCAAGGCGCGAAGCAAGGACAGGUCGUCACCCGUUUCCCUCCUGAGCCCAGUGGCUACCUUCACAUCGGACACACCAAGGCCGCCAUCUUGAAUCAAUACUUUGCGCAGAUGUAUAACGGCAAGCUGUUGAUCCGGUUUGACGACACGAAUCCUUCUAAAGAGCGGACCGAGUUCGAGGAGACGAUCUUGGAGGAUCUUAGUCUUUUGGAGAUCACAGGCGACAGCAUCUCGCACACUUCCGAUUACUUCGACAAGCUUUACGAGCUCGCGAUCCAGAUCAUCAAGGACGGGAAGGCUUACGCAGAUGAUACUGAACAGACGCAGAUGCGCCAGGAGCGUUGGGACGGCAUUGCUUCCAAAAAUCGCGAUGCCACAGUCGAGCAGAACUUGGCACGAUUCGAGGAGAUGAAGAAAGGCACUGAAGAGGGUCUCCGAUGGUGCAUCCGAGCAAAGAUCAGCGUCGAUGACCCCAAUAAGGCGAUGCGAGAUCCCGUCAUCUACCGCUGUAAUCUCCUUCCCCAUCAUCGAACAGGUGACAAAUGGAAGAUAUAUCCCACGUACGAUUUCGCCUGUCCCGUUGUCGACUCCAUCGAAGGCGUCACCCACGCACUCCGUACAAACGAAUACCGCGACCGUAACCCACAAUACCACUGGAUGAUCUCCGCUCUCGGUAUCCGACCCGUAAACAUCUGGGACUUCAGUCGCCUCAACUUCAUCUACACCCUGCUCUCUAAACGCAAGUUGCAUUGGUUCGUCGACCAAGGCUACGUACGUGGAUGGGACGACCCGAGAUUCCCUACCGUUCGGGGGAUCAGAAGGAGAGGUAUGACGGUUGAGGCGUUGAAGCAGUUCAUGUUGGCGCAAGGGCCUAGUCAAGCUAUUGUGUCGCAUGAGUGGGACUCGAUCUGGGCGUUGAAUAAGAAGGUGAUCGACCCGAUUGCACCUAGGUUCUGGGCGGUCCUCAAGAACAAGCCAGUGCCGGUGACUAUCAAUGGUGGUCCUUCGACCCCAGAGGUUAAGACACUCCCCAAGCACAAGAAGAACCCUGACGUCGGCGAGAAGCAGACCGUCUACAGCUCUUCCCUCCUUUUGGAGCAGGAAGAUGUUCUGUCAUUUGACGACAAUGAGGAGGUCACUCUCAUGGACUGGGGCAACGCCAUCGUGCGCUCCAAGACCACCGACGCCUCCGGUGCCGUUACAUCCCUCACCAUGGACCUCAACCUCGCCGGCGACUUCCGCAAAACCAAAAAGAAAAUCACCUGGCUCUCCCAACCCACCUCCGAUUCUCCUCCCGAGCACCAGCUCACCCCAGCCGUUCUCAUCGAUUUCGACUACAUCAUCACGAAGAAGAAGCUUGAGGACGGAGACGAGGUCAAGGAUUUCGUCACGCCUGUCACUGAGUUCCGCGAGGAGGCGUGGGCGGAUCCGAAUGUGAGGUUGGUGAAGAAGGGAGAGGUGAUCCAAUUCGAGAGGAAGGGGUACUAUAUUAUGGAUGGUGUUGUGGAUGGCGUUUGGGAGUUUAUCCAUAUUCCGGAUGGAAGGGCGGCAGGUUUGGCCAGUAAGGCUGCGACGUCUGCAGCAGCAGCACCCGCGAAGACUCAGGCGGCUGUUGAGGAGAAGAAGGCGGAUAUCUUGGAGACGCCGGUGGAGACGAAGAUGUAUAAAAUGGAUAGGGUGUACGGACAGGAUAAGCCGGUCACUGAGGAGGCGACGAAGAUGUACAAGAUGAAGAACAUGUAUGAUGUGUAGAGAAGUGUGCUAGCGUACACGUUAGAGGAAGAACCAAAACUUGUUGUAUACAAUAUCAUGCUCGCACCAUCUCUGACCUUUUAGUAUGCUCUUGUGC